AUGACUGUCUAUCUUCUCUCCCGAGUGGGCGAUCCCAUCUUUGCACUCGGCAUUGGCGUCGCUGCCGCAUUCUCCCGCAUCCGUCGUGACCAGAUCGAGCAAAACCCGGACAAGGCAUCGGAAAUCGGGUACGGCACAGUCGUGCAGCUGGGCCAGCGACGGCUGCAGCGGUGGUGGAACGGAGAUUUCAAGGACCUCUAA